AUGUUCUCCUACGUUGUGCUUUCACUCGUUUUUGUUAGUGCUCAAGGUAAAUUUUUUUUUAAUAUUUUUGGUAAUUUCAACGUUUUUUGAAUUCAAAAGAAGAGUAAAAAAUGACAAAAACCGGUCAAAAAAUCUGUAGAAUAAUUUUUGAACAAUUUUUUAAAUUUUUAAAAUUUUUAGAUUUUUUUAGAAAGUCAUGUCGUUUUUUAACAUGUCAGUAUAUGAGUAUUGACGAAAAGACUUUUUUAAAUUUUCAACCUAUGUUACAGUAACCAAAGAUUCAAAAAUGCCAUUAAUAAUAGCUCAAAAACAAUAUAAACCUCAACUUUUUAGCCAACUUCCUGCAAGAAAUUGGCGAUUUCUUCGAGCCAGCCGAAAUCAAAGACAUCGACAUGGCCAAACUCGGCCUCACUCUCUUCAACAUUGAGUGGGGUGCCCAUGCUAGCCAAUUCCAAAAAGAUAUCCCCCUAUUCGGCACGAUUUCCAAGUUCUCCGCCCAAAUCGCCGCUCCUCUUCAGUUUGCCUCAAUCAUCAUUUGUCCUCAAUGUACCACUCACGUUAUGGAUAUCCAGAACGCCAUCAAAAGUAACAACGAUGUGCCAAGAUGGCUGGUAGAGACCGCUGUACCUUUGGCUGUGUGUCCAAUGUUUUAUGCUGUUGAUCCUCAAUUGGUACCGAUUUGUUUGGUUGGUGGAUUUGGAGCUUCAGUGUUUUUGACUCACGCUGAUGCUAACACUGUUUGCCAGAUUCUGCCGUUUUGUGCUUCUAAAUACAAGAGAGAAUCUGAGGAUGAAGAAAGUGAAGAGAGUCAGGAGCUCAGUGAUUUGGUUACUGUAAGUUAUUGUUGUUAGUACCUUGCCAUAUUUCUGUUCUAACAUACCCUACCCUACCCUACCCUACCCUACCCUACCCUACCCUACCCUACCCUACCCUACCCUACCCUACCCUACCCUACCCUACCCUACUCUACUCUACUCUACUCUAUCCUACCCUACCCUACCCUACCCUACUCUACUCUAUCCUACCCUACCCUACCCUACCCUACCCUACCUCUUCUGUUAGUAAAACAGUACCAUAAACUAUUCUAGGAAUCCCCAUUCAACAACGUAACCCAUGCCAUUCGCUCCAUCUCCCAACUGCCAGUUACUCAACAAAAAGAAGUCUUUAAGCGAGUAGCCAGCCUGGCCAAAGACAGUAUGAACAGCGAUGUGAAAACCUUUGCCAGGAAAGUCCGUGACGUUUUCGAACAUAUCAAAAACGCUCAAAAAUGA